GGUUAAAGAGCAACCAGAAAAAAUACCUCCGCUACUGACAAUUGUUUGUGAUUCUGCAGGGAUGGAGGUGACAAGACAGAAUUUUAAAGAGAGCUUAAGCACCGUAUGCAGCGCCAUUGACGAAGCCGACUUUCUUGCCAUAGACGGGGAAUUUUCAGGCAUAAGCGAUGGUCCAUCGGUCAGUGCACUCACGAACGGACUGGAUACGCCAGAAGAGCGCUAUGAGAAGCUGAAAAAGCAUUCCAUGGACUUUCUGCUCUUCCAGUUUGGGCUCUGCACUUUUAGAUAUGAUAAGAACGAAUCAAAGUAUCUUACAAAAUCUUUUAAUUUUUAUGUAUUUCCAAAGCCAUUUAGUAGGAAUUCUCCAGACAAAAAGUUUAUUUGCCAGAGUUCCAGCAUAGACUUUCUGGCCAGUCAGGGAUUUGACUUCAACAAAGUUUUUCGUCACGGCAUCCCCUACCUGAACCAGGAGGAGGAGGUGCAGCUGAGGGAGCAGUACGAGGAGAGGAGGAACCAGUCCAACGGGGCCGGCAACCCCCCCUUCAUAUCGCCCUCCUCCAAGGGAUCCAUCAACGUCCCUGAAGAGCACAAGGACUUCAUCAACCGCGUGGUGGAGAAAGUCGAGGCUCUUCUAAGCAACUCAGAGAAGACUGUGGACUUGGAUCCAUGCACUGGUUUCCAGAGGAAAUUAAUCUACCAGACACUGAACUGGAAGUACCCCAAAGGACUCCAUGUCGAGACAGUGGAAACUGAAAAGAAGGAGCGUUUCAUCCAGAUCAGCAAGGUGGACGAGGAGGAGAGGAGGCGGAGGGAGCAGGCCAAACAAGAGAAGGAGCAGGAGGAGCUGAAUGAUGCUGUGGGAUUCUCCAGAGUAGUACAUGCCAUGUCAAAAUCAGGAAAGCUGGUUGUUGGCCACAACAUGCUUCUGGAUGUCAUGCACACAAUCCACCAGUUCUACUGCCCUCUACCAGAGGACCUCGCUGACUUCAAGGAGGUGACCAUGUGCGUCUUUCCCAGGCUGUUGGACACAAAGCUGAUGGCAACUACUCGACCCUUUAAGGAGCUGAUCACCAACACCUCAUUGGCUGAGCUGGAGAAACAGCUCAAGGAGGGCCCCUUCAAACCCCCUAAAGUCGAAUGUUCUGAAGGCUUCCAAAGCUAUGACACAGGAACGGAGCAGCUCCAUGAGGCUGGCUACGAUGCCUACAUCACUGGCCUCUGUUUCAUAUCCAUGGCCAACUACCUGGGUUCAUUCCUCACUCCACCCAAACCUCACAUCUCUGCCAAAUCCAAGCUAAUCGAACCGUUUUACAACAAGCUCUUCCUCAUGCGAAUCAUCGACAUCCCCUACCUCAACCUCAAUGGACCAGACUUGCAACCGUCACGGGACCAUGUUCUCUAUGUGACGUUCCCCAAAGAGUGGAAAACCAGCGACCUGUACCAGCUGUUCAGUGCCUUCGGAAACAUUGUGGUGUCAUGGAUCGACGACACGUCUGCAUUCGUCUCUCUGAGUCAGACCGACCAAGUGCAGAUUGCCAUGAACACAAGUGAGUUUGCGGAGAGCUACCGCAUCCAGACGUAUGCGGAGUAUGUGAGGGCGAAGCAGCAGCGGGACAAGAACCCGAACGCGCCGGCCAGACGACGCCCCCUGGAGGACGGCUGGAGCGAUGUGCCCUACUGCUCCGCUACCACAGCCAUGACGACCGCCGCAUACAGCUACACGCACAACAGGUCUCUGAUGGGCAAGCGCAGCAUCAGCCCCAUCCAGGAGGAGCAGGGCCCUGACGGAGACGUGGAGGCCAACAGCAGCGGCAGCAGCGGCUGGACCAAUUACAGCACUGUAGACAAAGGCUUCAAGAAAAUCAAAAUGGAUGGGAGUGGUUCAUUUGAUAGUGGGAGUUCCCAGUCGUAUGCAGAUGUGGUGGAGUCCAAGACUAGCGACAGCUGGUUUAAACAACCGGCCACCACUGGCAGGCGGAGCAUGAGCCCGAUCCAGGAGGAAGGGAGUUGCGAGGCGGUCGACGAAUCAGAGUGGCCGCAGCCGUCAGCCAAUCAGGCGGGGAAGAAGGGCGGAAAGCACAAGAAGAUGAAGGCCGAUGAGUCCACAUCCUCCUCCUCAUCGUCGUCCAGUCUCUUCGAUGUUCCACAGGUGUGGUAGCAGGAGCUGGUUCACCCACUCAUCCCCAGCACACCAC